AUGGCCACUUUGUGCAUGGAGGUUUACAAUUUUUUGAAACUGAUUUUUCUGGAAAUAAUGUUGAUGACUGCCGAAUCCUCAACUGCCUUCUUAACUUCCUUUAUCACAUAA